CUACUCNCAUCUUGAUGAUGAACAUUCAAUUCAUUUUCUGAUCUUAAUUUUAUUUUCUACAAUUCCUAUGUUUUAAUAGUAUCAAAUCUUCCCCUGUAAAAUGCAUUUUCUACUUGCCCCAAAAAACUUAUGUAUACUCUGUAUUUUUCAACUGGGAUUUAACCAGAUAACCAUACAACUGUUGCAAAUAAAUCUUGUGCCUUGGGGGGUUCCUUGUAAAAUGCAUUAAUGCUAUGUAUAAUUGUGUCAUUAGAUUGUGAUGAGAAUGUCUUCAAUUCAACACUUAAAAUGGAAGCAUCGUUGGUAUAUACAACAUCCUCGAAAAUGACUUGGGGACGGACUUAACUUACACUCACUACUCCCCCUAGCAUUUCUUCUACCUUCUUCAAGGCAGGGGUAGAAAAGAACUUUACCACUCUGGGCAUUAUCGUUCCACCUUCUUCUCCGUGAAAUUAGCCCACGUCCCCGCGCACACUCAGCCCCGGUUACGACGCAUUUUCAGUUACCGGAAGACAUUUAUUGGUAUGGAUUCCUCUUCAAUUCUUCCGCAUAUACGUCUGCGUGCCCCCUUCGGCGUAAUACUCUCAGGAACUACCGGCGUGCCCCCUUCAUUUAACCUAUGGAAGUUCACGGAGACAAGGAUUACGCGAUGGAAUUUCACUCACAACCAGCUACCCCCACAAAGUUCCAGGAAGUGCCAAAUGAAGGCAGCAGUUCUUACGCCGAACGUCAUUGGGUCCCGCAAUGCCCUGAUAACUACAUUCCAAAGGUCGGCAUGGUUUUCAAGGACUUGGAUGAUGCUAUUCGUUUCUAUCGUGCUUAUGCUGCUGAGGCGGGGUUUGAUGUGCGCAAGACUACCACUACAAAGAAAGAGGGCUCCGUUGUUUGGCAAUAUGUUGUUUGUAGCCGCGAGGGUAAAAAACAUGUCCCCACAAUCUCCCACAAUGAUGCAUCACAUGUCAUUGGACGGGCUGCAUUAUCUAAACCUGGGAGAAGAAGACGCAUUUCUAAGCGUAUAGGCUGUAUGGCACGUGUUGCAUUUCGCAUCCUUGGACAUGAUGGUUACAUUCUCAGCAUAUUCGAAGAGCAGCACAACCCUCCUCUCACUUCUCUCCCCUACAGGCCAUUUUUGAAGAUCAACAGGAACAUUGAUCUAGGCCAUAAAAAGUUCAUACUCAAUUGUGCUAAAGCGAACAUUGAAGUAUGCCCUGGAUUUCGGUUUGAUUAUGAAGUUCACGAGUACGACCAGCUUUCCAGGCUAUUUUGGUGUGACGCUGCUUCCAGGAAAAGCUACUCCCUGUUUGGUGAUGUUGUCUCCUUUGAUGCCACAUAUCAAACCAACAGGUACAUGAUGAUAUUCGCUCCGUUCACUGGUGUCGACAACCAUAAAAAGUGUGUGACAUUCGGCUUUGGCUUACUGUCAAGCGAGGAUGCUGAGUCAUAUUCAUGGUUGUUGAGAUCAUUCAUGAAUGCGAUGGGGAAUGCUCCAAGCUGCAUCAUAACUGAUCAAGAUCCAUCACUGCGAAUUGCAAUCGAAGNAACUGUGCUAAAGCGAACAUUGGCCUAUAUUGCCGGUGGAGAUGCUCAAAUGGUCAUUGACAAAUUAUUCCGAAAAUCAGAAGUAUGCCCUGGAUUUCGGUUUGAUUAUGAAGUUGACGAGUACGACCAGCUUUCCAGGCUAUUUUGGUGUGACGCUGCUUCCAGGAAAAGCUACUCCCUGUUUGGUGAUGUUGUCUCCUUUGAUGCCACAUAUCAAACCAACAGGUACAUGAUGAUAUUCGCUCUGUUCACUGGUGUCGACAACCAUAAAAAGUGUGUGACAUUCGGCUUUGGCUUACUGUCAAGCGAGGAUGCUGAGUCAUAUUCAUGGUUGUUGAGAUCAUUCAUGAAUGCGAUGGGGAAUGCUCCAAGCUGCAUCAUAACUGAUCAAGAUCCAUCACUGCGAAUUGCAAUCGAAGCAGUCUUACCACAAACCAAGCAUCGCUAUUGCAUGUGGCAUAUUAUGAACAAACUAUCAGGUAAAGUUGGUCCGGUGUUAAGCAAGGAUACGGAAUUUAUGAAUCGCAUUAAUCAGGUGGUCUGGACUCAUUACUUGGACAAAAAAGAAUGGAAAGCACAAUGGCGCAGUGUUAUGGCAGACUACAACCUCACGGAGCAUUCGUGGUUCAAGUCUCUAUACACGUUACGUAAGUUUUGGAUUCCGGCGUAUUUCAGGGAUCUAUUUAUGGCCGGGCUUUUGCGCACUACGUCUAGAUCAGAGAGUGAAAACAGUUUCUUUGACGAUUUCACCAACCGCAACUUUUGCCUAGUUGAAUUAUUAAUGCAAUUCCAGAGUGCAAUGGAGGACCAACGUUUCAAAUUUACUCGUUUGAACUCAGAAUCCGAGUCGGGAAUUCCAGUGUUCAAAACCCCAUUAAAGAUUGAGAAACACGCUGCAUCGUUAUUCACUCUCUCUGUCUUUUAUGAUGUGCAAAAAGAGAUUUGUGCAUCCUGCUUUUCAUGCGCUAUUGUAUGUAUCCAAAACAGUGAGGAUGCUUCCGAGUAUCAGAUCAGCGAUGUAAGUGGGAUGAUAUCAACUGUCCGCUACUGUGCACGCGAUGGGACCACACAUUGCAGUUGCAAAAACUACGAACGCAUUGGCUUGCUAUGCAGGCACAUCUUUGUUGUUUUCAAAAACCUGAAAAUAGAAAAGAUCCCCGACUUCUAUGUUACCAACCGGUGGUGCAAAUUCCACUUGCUCAGACCAAUGUUCGAUGUCGGUGGCUCAGAAAUGGACAAGCACAAGGAGGCCCUAAUCGACAAACUUCAAGAUGGCAAACUAUCAUCUGACACAUCCUCGGUGUUUGAAAACUUUUGUGGCACUUCUGCACCUUCAGAAGUUCGUGUAUUACCUCCUGCCCAAGUAAGUACGAAGGGCAGCGGUAAGCGUAUCAAAGGAGGUAAGGAAGUUAGCAUUGAAGAAUAAAAAAAAACCAAACGCUUGUGUCGGACAUGCAAAGAAUAUGGCUUCCACGACAGCAGGAACUGUCCUAUGAACCAUGAGAAGUGAUAAGUCUGCGUUCCUGUUUCACUUUUAUUGUUUAUUAAAUGUUCUGUUAUUUU